UAUUGAAUGGUUUGUCCCCUGAUGAGUGGCUUGUCCCUUGCGGACGAGCAAAGCACUGUGGGAUACGUUUGAAACCGGCAACAUGGCUGACGAAGGAAGAUUACCGACGAAAAUGGAGGUGGACUAUAGCGCCACUGUGGACGAAAAACUGCCGUUAUGUGAAAACCUUGCCAAGGAGGGGAAGUUGCAAGAAGCCCUGGACAUUCUACUGUCUUUGGAGAAGCAGACACGAACGGCGGCUGACAUGCACUCCACAGCGCGGAUCCUGGUUAAGGUUGCCCAGCUGUGUUUUGAAUGUAACAACUGGGAGGCUCUGAACGAAAACAUCACCCUGCUGUCCAAGAGGAGAAGUCAACUCAAGCAGGCCAUUACCAAGAUGGUGCAGGAAGCAGUGACAUAUGUAGACAAGACACCAAACAUGGAGACCAAGCUGAAACUGAUCGACACCCUCAGGACAGUUACUGAAGGGAAGAUCUAUGUAGAAAUUGAAAGAGCCCGACUGACACGGAUUCUGGCAAAGAUCAAGGAGGACGAGGGAAACAUUACCGAGGCUGCAAAUGUCCUGCAAGACCUACAGGUUGAGACAUUUGGCUCCAUGGAGAAGAAGGAGAAGGUAGAAUUCAUCCUUGAGCAGAUGCGGCUGUGCCUGGCCAAGAAGGACUACAUCCGCACACAGAUCAUCAGUAAGAAAAUCAACACCAAGGUCUUCUCAGAGAAGGACACAGAGGAGCUGAAGCUGAAGUAUUACCAGCUGAUGGUUGAACUGGACCUACACGAGGGCUCCUACCUGCAGAUCUGUAAACACUACAGGGCCAUCUACGAAACAGACACAGUCAAGGAGAACAAGGAGCAGUGGCAACAGGUACAAUAUAAUCUGGAGCCUAUACUUGACAACCCCGUUAUCCUUUUGCAGAACAUCCGCAUCAUGGCGAAGUACUACACCCGCAUCACCAUGAAGAGGAUGGCCCAGCUGUUGGAUCUGUCUGAGGAUGAGACAGAAGAGUUCCUGUCCAAGCUGGUGGUGGACAAGACAGUCUAUGCCAAGGCGGACAGACUGGACGGCGUGGUAACGUUUGCGCGGCCCAAGGACCCCAACGACAUCCUGAACGAGUGGUCCCACAACCUAAACCAGCUGAUGCAACUGGUGAACAAAACCACUCACCUCAUCACUAAAGAGGAGAUGGUCCACAAGCUCCAGCACUGAUGCUGUCACCAUCCGUACGCAAGACCUAGA